AUGAAUGUCACGGACAUCACAUCCUCACGCUCCUUUGGUGGGCGGAAGCGUUCAUGGGGCGAAGAGCAAUGUGAACCUCCCAAGAAGCGUAUAUCGCAUACCUGGAUACGCGAAAGCCCACUAGUCGCAGAGCUAGACUAUCCGAUCAUACAACAAGUACAGAGCAUCACAUUAGGAACUUGUGUGGAACAAAAUGACGUCCAAAUGAUCAUGGACGAGCCUACACGACCAAUGUUCCUUCCACCUUCACCUGUCUCUCGCUCUGUGUCACCGCCUGCUAUUCGUAGCGAUCCUACUGUUGCACUGUCUGAAAUAUCGAGACCAUUAAAAGCCACCGGAACAGCACCCGACUCGGCUCGGUCAUUAGAUCCGGUUCAAGACCCCGUACCAAUUGUCAAAAGUGCUUGGCUCGUGAACCUGGACAUUAUGGACACUGGUUAUGAUGCCACCCACACGCUCUGUUAG